AUGCCGGGGAAGCGGGGCUCGGCGGGCGGCGGCGGCACCGAGCUCCCGGGGGCCGGCGCGCCGCGGCAGCGCAGGCGGCGGAGGAAGGUCUCCUGCUUCUCCAGCAUCCAGCUCUUCCUGGUGUCCGAGUGCGCCCUGAUGCUGGCCCAGGGCACGGUGGGAGCCUACCUGGUGAGUGUUUUAACCACCUUGGAGCGGCGAUUCAACCUUCAGAGUGCUGACGUGGGCGUCAUUGCCAGCAGCUUCGAGAUCGGCAACCUGGCCCUCAUCCUCUUCGUGAGCUACUUCGGAGCCCGAGGACACCGACCACGCUUAAUAGGAUGUGGAGGGAUAGUCAUGGCCUUGGGUGCCCUCCUUUCCGCAUUGCCUGAAUUUCUGACCCAUCAGUACGAAUAUGAGUCGGGAGAAAUACGCUGGGGGGCUGAAGGGAGGGAUGUGUGUGCUGUCAACGGGUCCUCCAGCGAUGAGGGACCAGACCCGGACCUUAUCUGCAGGAAUAGAACUGCUACCAACAUGAUGUACUUGCUGCUCAUUGGAGCACAGGUCCUCCUGGGCAUUGGUGCUACCCCUGUCCAGCCCCUGGGAGUUUCCUACAUCGACGACCACGUGAGGCGGAAAGAUUCCUCCCUGUACAUAGGGAUCCUGUUUACGAUGCUGGUAUUUGGACCAGCCUGUGGAUUUAUAUUGGGCUCCUUCUGUACCAAAAUCUAUGUGGAUGCUGUCUUCAUUGACACAAGUAAGCUGGACAUAACCCCGGACGACCCUCGGUGGAUCGGUGCGUGGUGGGGAGGCUUCCUGCUGUGUGGUGCCUUACUCUUCUUCUCGUCCCUGCCGAUGUUCGGGUUCCCGCAGUCGCUGCCCCCGCGGCCGGAGCACGCCGGGGAGAGCGAGCAGGCCAUGCUUCCCGAGCGGGAAUACGAGAGGCCCAAGCCGAGCAACGGGGUCCUGCGGCACCCGCUGGAUGGGGAGAGCAGCACGACCUGCUUCCAGCAGCUGCGAGUGAUCCCCAAAGUAACUAAGCACUUGCUCUCCAAUCCCGUCUUCACCUGUAUCAUCCUGGCAGCCUGCAUGGAGAUCGCAGUGGUGGCCGGAUUCGCCGCCUUCCUUGGAAAGUACUUGGAGCAGCAGUUCAACCUCACCACCUCAUCUGCCAACCAGCUCCUGGGGAUGACAGCAAUCCCAUGUGCGUGUCUGGGCAUAUUCCUGGGUGGCCUCUUAGUGAAGAAGCUCAGCCUGUCUGCUCUGGGAGCCAUCAGGAUGGCCAUGCUGGUGAACCUGGUGUCCACAGCUUGCUACGUGUCUUUCCUGUUCCUGGGAUGUGACACAGGGCCUGUGGCAGGGGUUACUGUUCCCUAUGGAAACAACUCAACUCCAACCUCAUCUCUGGACCCAUAUUCCCCCUGCAAUAACAACUGUGAAUGCCAAACUGAUUCCUUCACUCCAGUCUGUGGGGCAGACGGGGUCACAUACUUAUCUGCCUGCUUUGCUGGCUGCAGCAGCACGAACCUCAGUGGCUGUUCGUGCCUCACCUCGGUCCCUGCCGAAAAUGCCACCGUGGUUCCUGGCAAAUGCCCCAGCCCCGGCUGCGAAGAGGCCUUCCUGACAUUCCUCUGCGUGAUGUGUGUUUGCAGCAUGAUCGGGGCCAUGGCGCAGACACCGUCAGUCAUCAUCCUCAUCAGAACCGUGAGCCCUGAACUCAAAUCUUACGCUCUGGGGGUGCUUUUCCUACUGCUCCGGUUGCUGGGUUUUAUCCCACCUCCGCUGAUCUUUGGGGCUGGAAUUGACUCCACGUGUCUAUUCUGGAGCACGUUCUGCGGCGAGCAAGGAGCCUGCGCCCUGUACGACAACGUGGUCUAUAGAUACCUGUAUGUUAGUAUUGCUAUAGCCCUGAAGUCUUUUGCAUUCAUCUUAUACACAACCACCUGGCAGUGCUUGAGGAAAAACUAUAAAAGAUACAUCAAGAACCACGAAGGUGGUCUCAGCACUAGUGAGUUUUUUGCCUCUACUCUCACCCUAGACAAUCUGGGGCGGGACUCAGUGCCCCAAAGUCAACCACAUAGGACAAAAUUUAUCUAUAACCUUGAAGAUCAUGAGUGGUGUGAAAACAUGGAGUCUGUUUUAUAGUGACUGUGGAGGGGUGAACUAUAUUAAUAAUACAAGGGUCCUUUUUAAUAAAAACAAGGAGAGAGCACGAAUGAAGAUACACAACUGCGAAACAACAACGGCAACACAGGAAACUUUUGUCUUUUCCUCAAAGUCAGACCCAGCCAUGAUUCUUGAGAACAGCAUCUUCUAAUGGGAUCACUUGUGACAUCCUGCAGGGUGAUGGAGAAAGCAGGGAGCCAUCUGUGGCUGGGUACCAGCCCCCUUGAUGACAGUACGAGCUCCCAAGGAGGGCGUCUGCAGAGGUUCAUGGGAGAGCUCAGCACACGGGCGGGCUUGGGCAUGAGGCAUAGAGAAAGUGAGGUGAUAAUGGCAAUAGGUGUUUGCGGUUGCAAACGGGGUCCUGGGGGGUGUGUGGAGCACCCACAGCACGGGCUGAAGGGUUGGCCAGUCUGGGUACUGCUGCUCAAACCUGCUCUGCUCUGCAGUGGCAAAGAGGGAGCAGUGCUGGAGUCGUUCCACCAGUCACACUCUGUCACCAGCCACGAGUCCACGAUAAAUACCUUGAAAGCUGCUGGAAACCUUCCCGGUGGCGAGCAAUGCUGUCAGGGGUAUCCAAGUCCUUCCAGCCCAGGCUUAUUUGCAGAUUGCAGCUCUGUGGCUGUCUGUGAAUAACUGCGCUCAGAUCUCAAACCCAGUAGAGUUCAAGACAUUUGCUCACACUUGCCAAACGUGCUGUCAUUUUUAAAGGGGGACGAGUUCCAAAUACUUAUCUGUGUAGUCCUCUAAUAAGAUGUUUUUUUAAAAUUAUUUUCAGAUCUAUGUUAACCCUUAAAUCGCUGACACUUUUCCAUAGGGGGGAUUUAUUUAUGCUAGUUUGGGGAAGGAUCCUGUUUAAUUCACCCAAACAUAAUGUGACUCAAGGGGUUUGUUUAAUCCUCUGCGUUUUUUAUCCAUACGCCUUCAUUCUAAUAUGCUACCAAGCCAAUGAAGACACAUAAUAUGUUUUUAAAAAAGAGAACGAAUGCACUGUGUCUCUAUAAAAACAAUUGUCAGUUGGAAAAUUAUAGCUAAUAUGAUGAUUUACAUAAUAUAGUUUUUUUCAUAUUCUAUGUGACUCAGUGAAUACAUAUAUAUGUGGAGAGGCUGUUUAUGUUCUCUCCGGUUUUUAAAGAUAUAUAUAUAUAUAAUUUGCAAUCUAGAAAUUGUGUGGUGGAUGUUUUCUUUAAAGUGUGUGUGUGUGUGUGUGUGUACGUGUACAAGAUGAGAGGAAUACUGACCUUAAUCCUUCAACCCUCACAACUGGUAUUUUAUUCUUCACCUGAGAAAUUCCACUGAUUUCAGUGGAAGCCAUGUGAGGAAGAUGGAGUAGCCUCCCCUCCUGGAUGCCACGUUUUGCCCUUAGAUGUGGAAAUAGUGUUCCUCUGGAAGGCUGGGUUAUGGGAGCAGAGGCUGGCCAGCAUUGAGCAACUCAAACUUUCAUUCAGCUCCCUGGGAAGCAUCCAUGCAGGAGCAGAUUCGGUUUUGCUCUUGCAAUGAAGUCUUACCUAAGCCUGUAAAAAUCGUGGGGGAGCUUUCAUCUGAUUACAAGAAGCAUGGGGGUCAGACUUAUUUUGUAUGCAUAUUUUUGUUUUCCAAAACAUUCCUGCUGGGAAGGAAUAUAAAUUGGUGGUGUUUGAUGAAUCUUUCCCCAGGAACCAGACCCAUUUCCGAUGGACUAAAUGUCAGAAGGGUUUUAAGGGUUAGCAUCAUAACAAAAAGCUCCUUUUUUUGUUUGAGUUUUGAAGCUGUUGUGAAUUUGAGGAUGUUUAGAAACCUGGCAUAUUGAGUCAAAUGCUGGAUGUCACUUCCAUGCAGCUGUUGGAGGGGCUGAUCUUCCCCAAGUCCUUGUCCGUUGCUGGCAAUGGACACCCUAGAGUUGGCACAAUUACAGAGGGUUGAUAACUUGCCACUCAUGUUCAACACCUUUUUAGCAGACUUUACUUUUAUCUAGGCAUUGCAACAUGGGUGUGGGGUAUCAAACUGCUUCCAUUUGACUGACUUUACAUGUCUUUGUAAUUUAUGCACAGCAUUAUAUGUUCAGCAACAAUAAGGGCAGGAAAAAAGGGUGUAUCAAAUAAACUCCACUGUGCCAAAUACUCCACAAUAUUGUAACUGCAGAUAUUUGAUUCUUGGGUUUCAGCCAUGUUAAGAAUCACUUGAUUGAUGAAGGAGUUUAAGGAAAAAAAAGGUUAUUAAGCUAUGCAGUGCCAUUGUUACGCUGGGUGGUAAAUGAUGCUUUUUAGAUCAUUAGAUUGGUUUAGUGUAUCCUGUCUGCUAAAAUAGAGAUACUGCAUCCAUAAAACAAUGAAUUUACAAAAGGCACAGGGUGCAUAACUGUCUCAUAGAAUAUAUAUAAUUGUCAAGUAUAAGCCUUUGAAAUCAUUCUGUACAGUUCUCUUCGUUCUGCAGAUUUAUUACUUAGACUGCUAUCUUUUCAAAUGUUAGCUCAUAAUUUUAUACUAUACACACACAUUCAGACUCAAACACAAAUGUCACAGAAUAGAACCUUUCUAAAAGCCUGAUUGCUUGAAAUUCCAUAACCCCUUUCAGAAUUUCAUUAUUUUCCCCUCUGAAAGUCCAAGGUGAAGGACAAUAGCAUGCUGACAUGAUGCAAAACAAACUCCCAGUGUUCACAAGCUGUGGUUUGUCGGUGCAGUCUAAAGUCCCCCUUGACCGGAGUUAUAGAAGCAGGAUUCCAGGGCACGGAAUGUUUUAGUUUUUAUUUUUGUUUUCUUUUCUUUUCAUUUGAUCUCUUCUCUUAGUAUAUAUGGGAGAUGCAGUUGAAUGGGGUUACUUACAUUAUUUUUAAGCUGUAACUUGAAAUUCCUACGUGAUUGUUAUUUUAUUUCUUUUGAUAAUGCAACUUUUGAAAAGCUUUCUCCUCAUCCCACUCUUUUUUUUUCCCAAGGUUGUAUCCAAUGCCUGCAUUGCGAAGGGCUUUGCUGUCAGUGCUUUGGUAUAGAUUUAAGAACAGAGCUUUAGUUUUAAGAAAAUACACAGACCAAAAGCUUCAUCCAUCCCAGCAGGCAUUUUGGUUUUUUUCUGAUUUCAAAACCACAAGCUAGUUUUUCCUGCAACCCAAUGUUUGUUAUAGAAUAACAAAUUAAAAGAGUCACACAUCCUCCUGCUUCCCAAAUUGCAAGUAUGGGCCUUUGCCUGUCAGCACUUUGCUUCCAUCCCUCAACUGCCUUAACAAUGCAGGAAACUUAAGAGCAAGGAUGGAGUUAGAAUGGAAUGCUGGAAUUUUUUUUCCCAUAUUCAUGGGCAUUGAAAUUCAGGGGUUUGUUGAGACCUCAGUCUCUUCAGAAAUGUUAUUUUGACAUUUCCAAGCACUGUGUUCCCUGUGUGGCUGUCUGCUAAGGAAUGGGAUGUUUGUAAAAAUAAACUACUUGAGAAUCCCAGUCUCUCUGGGAUUGCCCAAUGGCCUUGCAUGACUUCAGGUUGGGGUUUCCUUUCCCUUGCACAGAUCCCACCUUGGCGUAGCCCUGGUGGAAUCAGAAGGGGACCCCAAUCUAAAAUUGGUGCAGAUGACACUAGAAUCAGUUUCUUUGCACCCUUGUUAAAAAGAUGAUGCAUUUACACAACUUUCUUUUUAUACAUACAGAAAUCAUCCGUUUUUCUGACUUUGCCCAGCACAUCUUGGAUGUAGGAUGGGCCCAAAAAGGCCAUCACUUGAAUUAUGACUUGAAUAUCACAAACCUUCCAUUCCUUGGGAAUUCAGCUAAUGGGGACCUCCCACUGCCAUACCCCUGCGAGAUGCACUGAACUCCUAUGGGCAGCUACAGUUCAUCUUGAUUGGGUCUCACCUUGCUCAGAAGGUGAGAAGGGAAAGAUGCAGAGAGGAAUUAGCUUCCAUUAGCUGAGUUAGCUACACUUCAAAAUGCUUCUGAAUUGAACUGAUGGUCUGCGGACAUUUGGAAAGUGAUUGGAGUAUUUCCAAAUGGCUGAGAUGCAUUGACUUCUUUUUCCUUG